AUGUCGUCCGUGUUUGUGCGUCGCUAUACGUUUCCAAUCUCCGUAGAUAAUGCUAUAGAAACACAUGUCGUCUCUGUAAAUACGAUUCUCUUCUGUAAAGACUGUAACCAAAAACAAGACACAAGUUUCUUCACAGAUUCUCUUUAUAAAGACUGUACUCAAGAACAAACACAAUGUGAUCCAAGAACGAAACACAAGUGGGUUUGUAUCUUUGAUUCGAAAAGUGUUGCAUGUGUCACUGAAACGCACUUCUUAAGUCUUUUACUUUUGGUGGCUUAUGCGAUAUUCAAACUCAUGUCUACUCCUACAAAGCCUCAAUCAACACUGCUGUUCAUAUGCUUGUUCCUGUUCUUGUUCCUCAUGUCCGUUUGUACUCUCAAAAACCCUUCAGUUUAUAGAUCUGGAUUGAAUUCCAAAAUGCGAGAUUCUGAUCUGUACAUCCAGGCAAUAACCAAAGUCAAAGUCAAAACCACUAGUGAAGAGGAGACUACGUCUCAUACCACCACCACCAGAAGAAAAUUGGGCGGCCCUGGAUCAUCGCCGCCACGUUGCGCCUGGAAGUGUGGGCGGUGCACCCCCUGCAAGCCGGUUCAUGUUCCGGUGCCGCCUGGAACACCGGUGACCGCCGAGUACUACCCGGAAGCUUGGAGGUGCAAAUGUGGAAAUAAAUUGUACAUGCCAUGAUGCAUGCUUAUUUGAUUGGUAUUUACUAGCUAGAUCUUUGUUAUGUUAACUACGAGGGGGUAUCUUGUCAUUAAUGAAUUUAGGAGGAGUUAUAUUGAAAAAAAACAAAAUGGAAAAUAUAUAGAAGCUUCAUUAAUCUAUAGAAUAUUAAUUCUAACUUGGUAGCCUUUUCAUUUCAUAGUUUCCAUUUACUUAGAGUAUCAACGAAAGCUUUUUUUAUUAAGAAGUUUUGGUGUUACUUUUAUAUUAUGUACAUGUUGG